CCCGCUCGCGGCUCCUUUCCUUUUAGUCGUGAUCUUACACAGGUGAUGGCCGGAUCUUCUCAUUGCCUCUCGCCGCUUGAUAAGACGCGCGUGAUUAUCGAUUCAGCGAGUGCUGCUCCAACUGCAGGAGGAAGCGCUUGCACAAAUCAACCCUGAUCAAAUUGCCAUUACACAUUCUAGUGAAAUUCCGCGCUGAGGAGAUCAAACAAAGUUUCGGGACAAAGUUUUUGCGGUUUUUGCAUAUUAGAGGUGCGGACAAUGCGUUCGUUUGUGCUGGUUCUGCUCGUGUUGGUCGGAACUCGCGUGGAGGCGGCGGGGGCGGUUCACUGCGUGUGCAGCAGCCCUGGCGAGUGCGAGCCCCUGACGGCGGACGACUGCCCCCAGGGUUCGGCCCUGGUGUGGGACCCCUGCGGCUGCUGCAGGGUGUGCGCCCGACUCGAGUUCGAGCCGUGCGGAGGCCCUGACGGUUUCCUGGGCACCUGCGCCAAAGGGCUGCAGUGCGUCGCUGACAACGCCGAAUUGAAUGGAGUCUGCAGGAGACCGCCUGCAAAGAAGAGCGGCGACUGUGGCUCUCGGGCCCGAGAAAUAUCCGGCUGCAACAUCGCUGAGGGCAAAUGUUCAUGCGACACGAGCAUCGUCUGCCCUGGCGACCUGCCACCUUUCACCUUUGAGAACCGCGCAGAAUGCGAAAUCAACCUGUCAGUGGGCGAUGGUGGCGGAGGGUGGACAGCCGAGGGUUGUUCAACGGUGACAGGCGAUACUCUGGCCCACGGAGAUCACUGGUGGAGCGAAGACCGGUGCAUGGACUGUCACUGCAAACACGGCCAGCUCGAGUGCAGUGCGGCAGCGUGCGCUUCUUGCAUCAAUCCUCAUUACCUACCUGGAGCCUGCUGCCCUACUUGCGAUGACUCGGACAUCCACUUGCCGCACUGCAAGUUGCUAGAAGGGUGCUCGUUGAAAUGCAAACACGGCCUAAAGAAGGAUGGCCAAGGGUGCUUCUCUUGCGAGUGCCACAAAAUUGACGACGACGAGUGCCCCCUGGUGUGUCCUGACACUGGGUACGUCCACGACGCGUCCGGCAACCAGAUGUGUGAAUGCGUCAAUCACACGCUCUCAUCCACCCCCGCACCAGUGCAUCCAAGCCUUGGACCCAGACCGUGUGCAGACGGUCUCUUGCUGCGUCACGACGGCGAACUUUGGAACGACGGGUGCAGAGAGUGUGUGUGCAGAAACGGUGCCCAUUUGUGCUCCCUCCUUGGCUGUCCAAGGUGUCCGGGAGCGUCCUAUUCACUUCCUGGGGAAUGCUGUCCUAGAUGCAACGGCAGUUCCUCUGAGGGUCCUGCCGCAUGCCAGAGUGCGGACGGCGCCGUGUAUCCGGUGGGCGAGCGCUGGAAACUGGACCAGUGCGUCUCGUGCGAGUGUGGCGAAGGCGGGCAAGUGCUGUGCGGCCAGGAGCCGUGUCCGCCGGCCGCCUGCGACUUUCCACUGCCCCUGGUGGACGGUUGCUGUCCGCGCUGUCCGACGGUGACCCACCGGCCACCACCUGGCGCCGAGGCGUGUCCCGCGCACCGCACAGAGGGCGAGUCGUGGCGAGACGGCGCCUGCUCGUCCUGUGUCUGCGUCAAGGGCCAGAUGGUGUGCUACGAGCAGAAGUGCCCGCCGCCUGCGUGUCCCUUUCCCGUCUCCAUCAGUGGACGAUGUUGUCCUGUUUGCACUAAUGUGAGUAAUAGUUGCGUGUUGGACAACAACACCUACAUGCCGGGCGACACGUGGACGCGGCCUGGCUGUGUGGAAUGUCUGUGCAAAGAGGGCGGACAGAUUGUGUGCACGCAUUCUCCACUGUGCGCGCCCCUCAACUGUCAAAACUCCAUCAAAGUACCUGAAAGAUGUUGUCCCACAUGUCCAUCAGACCUGGAGUCGGGGCCGUCGAGCAACUACAUGAUGCGGUGGAUCGUGCUGGGCACCGUGGCGGCGGUGGGUGUGCUGAGCUCGUUGGUGGCGUGUUGCAUCUGGCGGGGCGGCAAGUGGGCCUACCUGCAGUCGUGGUGCUGCAACAGCAAGGUGCAGAGCCUCAAGGGUCCGUCGCCGACGCUCUUCUACAGCCCCGUGAAGCACCUGGAGCCGGCCGAGCACAACGGCACCCCCGGCGAGUACAUGCAGGUGAACACGGAACACGACAGUUCGCACGUGUGAGUCCUUCCCUCCUUUUCCGCGCGAGAGAGCGAAAAUUUUGAUUUUCUGCGAUUAUUCUGUGAUGAUGACACGUGUGAGAGCGCCGAACAUGCUACUUUUUCAACACGCAUAACCCAACAAGACUUGAUUAAUUUAUAUAGUUCGUCUCUCUCCCUGACCGCGAUAGAGACGCACACAAUUUCGGAGCGAGUGAAAUUGUUUUGAGAGAGAAUGAGGAAAACAAAAUUAUAAACAUGUACGUGCGGAAAACUGCUCUUCGUGAAACCGAGAUGAUGUGUAUAUUUUUUUUUUUCAAUUA